ACGUCAACGCGACACUUUAAAUUACCAGGAAGCUGACUCCAGCGAGUUUAGUUAUGCGUCGUUAGUGCCACAUGUGACUUUGAAUAACGAUCGAAUUUGGUUUCAGUAGGUCCGAUUUAGUUGCGAUACAGUGAAAGCCCCCUUCAGGAGGAUGUCGGCGACGGUGAUCGUGCAGAAAAUAGCCGGAGUGUCGGGGUCAUUUGCCGUGUGUUUGGGAGCGUAUGGAGCGCAUGGAUUCAGACGCAGUGAUAGAGAUGAGUAUUUGAAAGAGUUGUACGCGACGGCCAAUAAUUAUCACCUUCUCCACAGUCUGGCUCUGCUGGGGGCGGCUCAGUGCAGAAAACCCUUCCUGGCUGGGGCCCUCCUAACUGCCGGGAUGGGGCUCUUCUGUGGGGCCCUGUAUCACCAGGCUCUAACGGGUGACCCUCGCCUGAGGAAACUGGCCCCCAUCGGAGGCACACUUCUAAUCGCAGGCUGGGCAGCCAUCGCACUGUGAACGCUGACCUCCAAGCUCACAAGCACCGGCCUGCCUCUCUUUCUCGCUCUCUCUCUCACUCCCUCUCUUUCGUUCCCCCCCCCCCCUUCUCUCUCUGUUACCUGGGAAGGUCAGGCUUCUCCGGAGGAGCCCGUGGUCUCUGGAGGAACAGUAACUGCUUGUUGUAAAAGCAAAGUUACAGCAGCCUCCUCUCGCAGGUGCCGGGCAGAGAUAAGGCCUGGGUGUCUCCUAUCCUUUACACUCUUCUGUUCGUUGCCAGCAGAGUUUCUCUUUUUCCCAUGUGUGAGUGUAUUUCCUGUAAAAUAAUGUUGUCUCGGAGCAAAAUGCCAGCUUGGCCUUUUUCAGUUAUCGCUCUGGAUGUGGUGCUCGGAGCCGCUGCAUUGACCUGUCUUUCACCCUCCUUUGGCAUUUCAUCUGCCAGGAAUUGAGUACCUAAAAAAGGGGGGUGUGGGGCUCAUCACUUGUGUCCAUCUCUGCUGUCUGACUCUAUUUCAUCUUAAAACCAGCAUGGAGUCAGUAGAAGCAGUGAUUAUUCUUGGUUUUGGGCUAUUCACAGUGCUCCAAAUGUCACAUUCAAAAGCGUGUAUGUUCUUUCUGUCAUGUGACAGGCUGACUAAGGGUGUGGUCUUUGUCAGGCUGGCAGUGACAGAGGUGGGACUCUCCUGAAGCCCAGUUCUAUGACAUGCCACAAUGUCUGCUUAUAAUAUGAUGCGAUUCAUUACUGUGAUUCCCAGCAUUUUUUUAAACUUCUGUUUUGCUCCGUGUAACUGCACUCAUGGUGACCAGGCCAUUGUUACUCCAUCCCAGAUGGCAGCCUAUCAAGACGGACGGCUUAUAAGGCAAGGCAGGGCAGUAAGUGGGAAGGGCGGUGUGAGGGGAUGUGGAGGGAGGAUGGAGGACAGGAGGAGGUGCUGGAGAAGCUGCAGUCUUAGCUGAAUGGGAAACACCAGUUCGUAUCGAAUAAAUAAAAUGCCUAAACUUUAA